AUGAACCUCUCAAACUGGAACACACCGCUCAGCUAUCUCGGCCUCGCAACUCUGGCCUACAUCACCAUCAAAUUCACCCGCUCAGCAACAACCUUCCUCCUCCCAUCAGGUCUCACCCGCUACAACCGGACCAAAGCAAAUUGGGCCCUCGUCACCGGCGCCAGCGAUGGAAUCGGCUUCGGAUUCUGCCAAGAAUUAUGCCACCGUGGGUUCAAUGUUAUUCUGCACGGGCGCAACCGGGCCAAAUUGGAGAAACGCGUGCAGGGGCUCAACGCGCAAUUCCCAAUGGCUAAGGUCGAAAUUGUCGUGUGCGAUGUUGUCGGGCUGACCGGUGCUGUUGAUGAGAUUGGGUCGGAAGUCCGUGAGAUUCUCACUGCGCAGGGUGGGGAGUUAUCUGUGCUGGUGAAUAAUGUUGGUGGCGAGACAAGGCCGUACACUGUUUUAAGUGACCUAAGAUUUGACGAGGUUGAUGCCACGAUUGCAAAGAACGCUGUGUUCAUGACUCAAAUCACGAGGGUACUGCUGCCCUUGUUGGAGAAAGGCGACGGGGGGUUGUGUGUCUAUGCUGCGACAAAGGGGUUUGUCGACUCGUUUACGAAAGCCCUCGAAGCCGAAUGCAAGAACGAGAAACGCAAUGUGGAGGUUUUGGGCUUGCGCGUUGGACAGGUCCGCACGGCGGGCUUCGAUAUUGCCCCGGGCCUGUUUUCGCCCGAGGCACGAACGUUGGCGAGUGCUGGAUUGAAUCGCAUUGGAUGUGGACGGGUGAUUGUGUGGGCCUAUUUCUGGCAUUGGUUGCAAGGGCUUUCAUUUGACAUUAUGCCUCGCUGGUUACUGGUAAAGGUCUCAAUCGAUCGAAUGAUGGCGCUGAAAAAGGAGGAUGAAGAAAAGGCCAAGAAGCGGUAA